AUGGCACAUUCCGAUGAUGUCCGUCUGUCAGACCCCAAGAACGCUGUUGACCUCCAUAUUGACUCAGCCGAUUCGGAUUCCUCCAAGUCAAUACCCUCAACCAAGGUAAUCCCUCUCAUCCCUACACUUCCCCUCGCUGCACCAGAGGAACCUCGUAGCUGGUGGCAGCGACGGCCUAAACAAGAUGGAGAGGCUAUUGCAACCCGUCGGUCCGUCUUUGACGACCCGGACAUGGCGAGGCACUACCAGCCACGAUCUGACUGGGAGAAUCUGCAUCGAUUUGAUCCUUCCGAGAGGUGGACUUUCAAUGAGGAGCGCAAGGUCAUUCGAAAGAUUGACAAACGGAUCAUGAUAUUCGCUUGCGUCAUGUUUAUGGCUCUUGAGCUGGAUCGAUCAAAUUUGUCUCAAGCUGUCUCGGAUAACUUUCUGCCAGACCUGAAGAUGGACACCAAUGAUUACAACCUUGGAAACACCGUCUUCAAGUUGUCUUUCUUGUGUGCCGAACUUCCCUCGCAGCUUGUCAGCAAAUACCUUGGACCUGACCGUUGGAUUCCGAUGCAGUUGUGCCUCUGGAGUCUUAUCUCUGCGAGCCAGUUCUGGUUGGACGGAAGGGCUUCGUUUCUGGCGUGCCGUGCUCUACUAGCCAUCUUCCAGGGCGGAUUUAUCCCGGAUACGAUCCUAUACCUGAGUUAUUUCUACACUGCGAGUGAACUCACUGUUCGUCUGGCCUUCUUUUGGACGGCGUACAACGUCGCCGAUAUCAUCAGCGGGUUUCUCGGAGCAGGCUUCCUCCAACUGCGAGGUUGGCAUGGGUAUGAGGGCUGGAGAUGGUUGUUUCUCUUUGAGGGCCUGCUGACGCUCGCGGUUGGCAUCUCCGCAUGGUUUCUCAUGCCUGCUGGACCCACUCAAACCUCAGGCAUUCUCCGUGGUAAGAACGGUUGGUUCACUGAGCGAGAGGAGCGUAUCAUGGUGAACCGAGUGAUCCGUGAUGAUCCCAGCAAGGGCGACAUGCAUAACCGCCAACCCAUUACUCCGAAGUUGCUAUGGGCAUCGCUCAAGGACUACGACCUCUGGCCAAUCUAUGCCAUAGGUUUGACCUUCUUGAUCCCAGCCACGCCACCCGCUCAGUACUUUACCUUGACCCUCCGGGGCCUCGGCUUUAAUGUUCUUGUCACCAAUCUUUUGACCAUUCCCUAUACGAUCCUCUCCAUUGGUGGCUUGCUACUGAUCUCGUACCUUGCUGAGAAGUGGAAUGAGAGAUCUCUGCUUGGCCUAGCUGUUCAGAUCUGGAAACUUCCGUUCAUGAUCUAUCUGUACGUCGUGGACAUGAGCACGGUCAACAGAUGGGCCUCAUUCGCGGUGUUGACGCUGUUGCUUGGUUCUCCGACUGUCAGUUGGAACUCACGCAACUCCAAUACCGUUCGUUUGAGGACAGUCUCGGCGGCUGUUUACAACAUGUCCGUUCAAUCCGCCGGUAUUAUCGCAUCCAAUGUGUACCGCAAAGAAGACGCGCCGAGAUACCGUGAAGGAAACAAGAAUCUUUUGGCGAUCAUUGCGCUCAACAUUACAUUGUAUCUGUUGACCAGAACCUACUACAUUUGGAGAAACAAGAGCCGAGAUAGGAUUUGGGACGCCAUGGAUGAUGGGCAGAAGAAGCAUUAUCUUGACACCACAAAGGAUGAAGGCAAUAAGCGACUUGACUUUCGGUUUGCAUAUUAG